AUGGUUUCUGCCGGCAAAUUGGUUAUUGUUGAAGACUUUAUUACAAAUGAUUAUGUUGAUAAAAAACGAAAGCUGUCAGAGCAAGUAGAUUCAUCCCUGUGUAAAAUUGUAAAGUUUUAUGAUAUUUCUGAUGUACAUAAUGCACAAACUAUACAAAAAAAGAAACACAAUCAGUCCAAUGUGUUUAGUGACAAUAAUAUAAGCAAUAAUAAAUAUGAAGAUGUGGCUAUAUCUCUUAAGAAAAAUACAACUAAAAUAGAACAUGAUUGUGAAGAAAAUAUGGACAUUGACAAAUGUAAAAAUACAAUGUAUUGUUUAAAUGAUAAAAGGACAAUGAAAUGUAAUCUCAAUAAAUGUUCUCUUGUAAAAGAGUAUAAAGCAGAUUUUUUGGAGGAAUCUGAGAAUAAUAAUGUGAAAAAGUGUGAUGAAAUUUACACAUCAGAUUUUGAAUUAGGGACAUGUACUAUAGAUGAUUUUAACGAUUGCUUUGAAGAAGAGUGGUCUAUAGGUAAUGAAAUAAACUUUAACUCAUUGCAGAGGUGCAAGAUUGUUGAUGUAACAAGAGAAUACAACAGUAUACUGUUAACUGUAAAACAAGAAGACCAUGGAACACAUAUCACAACUGUUAGAUGUUCUGGUUUUUGGAAAGAUGCAAAGGUGGAGAAGGAUGAUACUGUUGCAAUACAGGCAAAGAAAGAAAAUGAAUGUUGGACUGUAGAUAAUAGUAGUGGUUUUCUUGUUGUACAUCCAGAUGUGCUAAUAUCUGGAACAACAGUUGCUGGUGGCCUAUUUUGCAGUAGGAAGGCAGUUUUAGCUGAAAAAUUCAAGAAAAUAGAGGGUCUCCCUUGUUAUGCAAGAGACCAAACAGCAAUGGUCAUUGGAAGUUUAACUCAUCAGUUGUUACAAAAGGCAAUACUUAAUAAUAUCCAUGAAUCUUCGGAUGUUACAAAGUUAAUGGAUACAAUAUUACAAUCCAGAGAGACAGCUAGUGUACUUUAUGCAUCAGAAAUUCCAUUUGAUAAAUGUAGAGAACAGAUGCUCACAUUUGUACCAAGAAUAUUCGAAUUCAUUCAGCAUUACUUGAAAGAUAAGGAACAGCAAAAAAUAAACUGUAUAAGGGACAAUUUUAAGGGAAGAAUUACUCAUGUGCAUGACAUAGAAGAGAAUAUCUGGGAUCCUAAGUUAGGUAUAAAGGGUAAAGUGGAUAUUACUGUGGAGGUCAAAAUAAAUUCAAAUAGGAUAAUUAUGCCUCUUGAAGUAAAAACAGGCAAGCCUUCAUUCUCCUUGGAACAUAAAGGCCAAAUUAUUUUGUACAUCAUGAUGAUGUCUCUUACAGGUCAAGAUACAGAUACAGGUUUAUUAUUAUAUCUCAGAGAUAAUACUAUGCAAUCAAUUAACAGUGGACAUUCUGAAAGAAGAGACUUAAUAUUAUUGAGGAACAUUUUAGCCAGUUAUUUUGCUUUUAAGUCAAAUGAGAAAUCAAUGAACAUAACUUCUAAAUCAGACUUGCAAACAAUGGAGUUACCAGAACCAAUCAAUCACCAUAGUGCUUGUUCCAAGUGUCCUUACAAUGCUUUAUGUUGUAUUUAUUUGAGCAAAGAGACUAAAUUACAAUUUUCAGAGUCGCAUCCAUUAAUGAAACUCAGUAAACAGAUUUUAGGCAGGUUCAAGUCUACACACAUUGAUUACAUCUUACAAUGGAUUUCGUUAUUACAAUUAGAAGAGAGUGCUCAAUUCAGUGAUAAUAUUAUGAGAUAUCUGUGGACUUUGAGACCAGAGAAGAGAGAAGUGAAGAAAACUUGUAUCUGUUAUUUGAAAGUGAUAGGAAAAGUCACAGAGCACAAUUCUAAAUACAGACACACAUUUGUUCGUGUAAACUCAAAAAUACAAAUCACAAAUACCGAACUUCCAUAUAUGGAAUUCUCAGAAAAUGAAUAUGUGUUGGUCAGUACAGACACACGUAUAAAUAUAUCUGCAGGAUUCAUAGUGAAUAUAAAAGAAGAUUCCAUCACUGUCUUGUUGGAUAGAAACAUCACCCGGUACAGUAUCGAUAAAUUCUUUCACAUAGACAAGUAUUCGUCUUCUAGCUUGUUCUCCUUUACUCUUGCAAAUGUGGGUGGUCUAAUGGGUGACGAUGAAAUUUGCGAGAAGUUACGAGAAAUUGUGAUAGACAGGAAGCCGGCAACAUUCGAAAAAGGUCUGCCACAAUCUAUUGUGCACAAAAGUGCUAAAAUAUUGCAAGACUUGAACGAAACGCAGACAUUGGUGGCUCUUAUAGAAUUGUUACACGAGACGGGACACUCUGUUUUAAUCACUGCGCAUACUAACAGUGCGGUAGAUAAUAUUUUGUUAAAGCUGUUAAGCAAAAAUAUUGAUUUCUUACGAUUAGGUUCAUCUGCUCAUAAAUCUUUGACUCAUAAAAGAGAAGGAUACGCAACUGCAAGUUGUAAUUCACCUGAUAGUUUAGAUGCAGUAUACUCCAGCAAAAAUAUCAUUGGAGUGACUUGUUAUGGUGCUCAUCAUGCACUUCUUAGAAGACGUACGUUUGACGUAUGUCUGGUAGACGAAAGUACUCAAGCGUUACAACCAUCUGUAUUACGUCCACUAUAUAGUGCACGUAAAUUUGUUCUUGUGGGAGAUCCUGACCAGUUACCGCCAAUUAUCAAAAGUGAAUUAGCUAGAAAAUUAGGCGCAGAUGAAUCUUUGUUUGCUCGUCUGGACAGUAAAAAUAAUACAGUUUGCUUGACCAAGCAGUACAGAAUGAAUAAAAAAAUAAUGUAUAUAGCAAAUAAGUUGACAUAUAAUGAUACACUGAAAUCAGGGAAUACAUUGAUAGAAAAUGCCAACUUUGUUACUCCAUACAUUGAAAUUUUAAGAAAGGAAGAAAAAUGGGUGCAGAAAGCAUUGUCACCGCAAAUAAAUGACUCUGUAAUUAUACUAAACACAGGAUGCACAAGUAGCUUAAAAGUAAGCUGCAAUGUUAAAGCUAAAUAUCUGGAAAGUCAUCAAGCGAAUUCAAAUAUUUGGGAAGGUGUUAUAGUAUCGAAAUUAAUACAAAUUCUUUUGAAGAUGGACUCGAAGCCCCAAAAUAUUGGAAUUAUUGCGCCAUACAGGGCACAUGUAAAUUUAUUGAGAAAAAUAGUUCAAAACGAUAUCGAGAUAAAUACUGUCGACCAGUAUCAAGGACGCGAUAAAGAAGUUAUAAUUUAUUCAUGCGCGAAAAGUCUAAUUAAUAGUAACGACAUAAAAGAGGAUCUUGAAAUAUUAGGAGAUCAUAGGAGAUUAACCGUAGCGGUAACGAGAGCAAAACAUAAAUUAAUUGUUGUUGCGGAUAAAAAUACCUUAUCGCAGUACUCCGCAUUUAAGAAGUUAUUUAAUCUAAUUGAAGAUAAAAAUAUAUUAAAUUUGAACGAUAAUUGUGAUUUCUCUUGGGAAAAGAUUGAGUCUUUGUUAUAG